CAAAUAGUCAACAAAAACGUCAUUCAAAUGCGAAAUGAGACCAAAAAAUGGAUGAUUUGUUGCGAUUGUGUUGACGAUUGUCUUCGCAGUGUCUCCUCAUCCGUGGUAUACGUCUGGCCACCGAUCCAUCACCUGAACUGAUCCAAGUGUUUGUGUGCCGCCAGUGAAGCCAUAUGUCUGAGCCGUCGACGAGCCACGGACUGGCCAAUGGCUACCAUCGGAUCCAAGCGAUGGUGCGACGGAUGCCCACAAGACUCCGAUCUCUGGACAUCUCGUGGAUCCGUAUGCGACGGGACGGCACCCAUAGCUCCUCCACCACUGCCACCCCCGCCCACGACACGAGACGAUCGUCUGACGAGCCAUCGAUUGACACUCAUGGCUGCCACCGACGACCCCCUCCCCCACCACCACCUCCUCAACCGCCACCUCUUCGCAGAGAGUCCACUCAAUCGCUGUUCGGAUCGGCGGACAGUUCGCAGGCGUCGACGCUCACCGCCCAGAGCCCUACGGCUACCGGUGCUGGUGGUGGCCAACAGCCCCUACUGUCGCGACCCCCACACUCACACCUGUAUCGCCACUCAUCCCACUAUCCGCUACUAUUGGGCUCUUAUAACAACUGGUCGGCCGCUCGCGAGCACCGACUCAUCGCCCACUUGACGGCCACCGAUGGCAACGGCGUCGUCGCCGGUGGCGACCAUAACGCGGACAAAGAGCGCAACGUCUUGUCGGCCAUUAUGUCGAUUGUGGUGAUCGCCACUCUGGCCACGGCGUUGGCUCAGCCCAAGUGGUUCUCCAUCAACGGUGGCCUCUGUCCGCGCAAAUACAUCGGUCUCCAGGAGUUCUUCUACGUCGGGAACUUCAAUGGUUACCACUUUGAUGUCAAUAAAGCCAAAAGCGGAACCACUCAUAACCACAACAACCGGCAAAAAACGGUCGACUCGGAUGGGGUCGGGCAUCAGGUGCUGACCGGCGAGACGAUGCUGUUGUACGGCGUGAACGGCGACCUCAAGAACUGCGUGACCCCGGAGAUCGUGACACUGCAGAGGCUGAUCAUCGGCCUGUCCUUCUUCGCCAUAAUGUUUAACUUAAUUCAGUUCUUCUUCGACACACUCGGCGUCCGCAAGAAGUGGCUGAACGCCGUGCGCUCCCACGCGUUGGGCAACAUAUUAGGCGUACUCUUAUGUGUGGUGAUCGUCGGCGUCGCCUACUUGGUGUCCACUCUGCUCGAGAAGCAACAGCACCGGCUGCUGAAGGAGCAGCACAGGGCUGCCGGCGCCGCCGCCGCCCCGGUAUCGCCCGACGCCAUGGCCGCCAACAGUCACGUGGAGGUGAAGUUCGAGUUGAGCUACUAUUUGGUGACCUUUUCGGGACUGUUGGCCAUCAUAGCGGCCGCGUCUAACCUAUUGCGUCGACCGCAGCACUACUACAUCGACGCCACCGACGCCUUCUGG